AUGGACAGUCAACUACCGCAUCUUGGCAAACUGACGUCCUGCGAGACCCGCCGCACUGUCGGCACCGCUACACACAUCUCCAGGGAGACACUCGGGAACAAGACAUCUUCCCCACCCACCUGCAAACUCUGCGCACUUUCCGACCUCAGACUCGACCGGCCAGACACCGUCCCGACACCGGCAGACCGUAUCUUCUUCGUCCGGGCCGAAUCCGGACUCUUGGUGCGCACGGCGGGGGACUUUCGCAUGACGGGCGAGCAUACGGUGGAUUCGUUCACCAUGGAGGGCUCGCCGCCCUGUGACCUGUGGUUUUUUUUUCAUGCCCGCAAGGCGAGAGAGGAUACUUGGGCUUCAUCUGUAAAACGGUUGAUGAACCUUGAACGUGCCAAACCACUGCGGCCGUAUCUCUACCGACUCGUGUGCUCGAUUUGGGCGUUUCUGGGGGCAAAAGCCAGGUUACGAGGGGAGGCGGCACGUUUCACGGCUUUAAGCUAUUGUUGGCGAAGCAAAGUGCCUAUUACAACAACGACGGAUACCCUAGAAGCGCGGUGCAAAGGUAUUCCGGAUUCGUCUUUACCUGCCACUUUGCACGACGCUAUAGCUGUAACUCGAAAAUUGGGGACACGCUAUCUUUGGAUAGAUGCACUCUGCAUCCUACAAGACGACAAAAAGUAUUGGGAGCUCGAAUCUUCCAGGAUGUCGUCCAUUUACGGUUUCGCGGCUUUGGUUAUCGGUGCCAAUAUAGUCCGCUCGAGUUUCUGGCCCAUUAUUCACCGCGACCCGCCGGCUAAGGGUGGAGCAAUUUCUUCCGCUUCUUUGGCGACCGCGGGAAAUAGGGAAGGGUCUAUCUCGACCAUAUACGCUCGCAUACGGGUCUGGCACGACGCCAACAGCUCCGUACACGGCGUCAAUUACCUAUCUUUGCGGGCAUGGACUCUCCAAGAGCAGCUCCUGGUCACCAUGAUGGUUCAUUUCCUUUCGGAAAAGCUGAUAUGGGAGUGCCGCUCCGGCUCCUGGUGCGAGUGUUUUGACCUCGACCCGCGGCCCUACGACCGGUUCAAAAAUCCGAAAGAUGGGUAUAGGCACUGGGCCUGUGAAUAUCUGGCCGGCAUCUGCCGGCGGAACCUGCUCGUCGAGCUAAGCUGGUGGGUUGAGUACAAUGUCACCCAGGAUAGCUCAUCCACGUAUCGCGGCGUGCCGAGUUAUGACGUGAUAGAGGCCCAUUGCGACAGAGCAGGCCACGACCCGAGUUGUGCCGUGAAGGUUGGCUACCUCGCGUGA